AAAAUAGGGAAUAAGUUUUUAGUAAUAAAUAAUUAGUGGAAAGUUGAGUUGGGAGUGGAGACCACUCUUUUUGUAGAACGAACAGAGCAGCAAAGUGAGUAAGAAAGAAGAUGAGUGGAUCAGGAAAGGUGGUGUCUGUGACUGGGGCUUCCGGCUACAUAGCCUCAUGCCUCGUCAAACUCUUGCUACACCAUGGAUACACUGUCAAAGCUUCAGUUCGUGACCUCAGUGAUCCUAAGAAAACAGAACACUUGCUUUCACUUGAUGGAGCCAAGGAAAGACUUCAUUUGUUCAAAGCAAAUUUAUUGGAGGAAGGAUCUUUUGAUUCUUUAGUUGAUGGAUGUGAUGGUGUUUUCCAUACAGCUUCACCUGUAAACUUUACAGUCAAUGACCCACAGGCAGAACUGAUUGAACCAGCACUUAAGGGAACACUUAACGUUCUUAGGUCAUGCGCCAAAAGUGCUUCUUGUAAGAGGGUGAUCUUAACAUCUUCUAUGGCUACAGUUGCGUUCAAUGGAACACCCCUGACACCUGAUGUUGUAGUUGAUGAGACAUGGUUCUCAGAUCCAACUUUCUGUGAGAAGUCAAAGCUUUGGUAUAUGCUUUCAAAAACAUUAGCUGAAGAGGCUGCUUGGAAAUUUACCAAAGAAAAUGGGAUUGAUAUGGUUUCACUAAACCCAGGUUUUGUGAUUGGUCCUUUGUUACAGCCAACUCUUAAUCUCUCUGUGGAAUUUCUUCUGAAUCACAUAAACGAAGCCAAUAUUUCCAACGUAUUUUAUAGAUAUGUUGAUGUUAGAGAUGUUGCAUUGGCGCAUGUUCAAGCAUUUGAAGUGCCUUCAGCUAGUGGAAGAUAUUGUCUCGUUGGACACGUUGUGCACAUUUUGGAGGCCUUGAACAUUAUAAGGCAACUCUAUCCAAAUUUGAGUCUUCCUGACAAAUGUAAAGAUGAGGAGCCUCUGCUACGAAUGCAAGGAUACCAAGUGUCAAAGGAGAAAGCAAAAUCUUUGGGAGUUAAUUACACACCUUUGGAAGUGACUCUAAAAGACACUGUUGAAAGCUUGAAGGAAAAAGGCUUUCUCAAACUGUGAUUAAAGUUAUUACAAAUAAUGAAAUAGAUCUUAUCACUGGGAUCCACUGGCUCCCAGCUUUAUGUAAUAAACUAGGUACAUUUUAAGGAUUCAAGCCGCCUAAUUUUCUACAUCCUUAACUUGUAUCUUUUGUGAAUUGCAUGUUCUUGUAUUAUUUCUUAUUGGAUCAUUGCAUCAAAAUAAAAUGAAUUAACAAUCAA